AUGGUGCGCCAGCACCUGGAGCUUCGCCACCAGUCUCCGACUCCAAGCCUCCCCCCCUGGCGCUCCUUGCUGCUGCUCUUCGCCUCUGCGCUGGCGCUGUCGCUGAGCUUCGACCUCUGCAGGACCGGCCUCUGCAGGACCGGCGACCUCUGGAUCCUCACCAGCCUCAGCGGCGACGCGGCGCGGGGCUCGGCCGAGAUCGCGGUCCUUCUCCAGGUGGCCACGUGCGAGGGAAGCGCCUGGCAGGAGGCCCUGGCGGAGUGCGCGGGCAACGUUGCCGCGGCCGCGCUGGAGGUUGGCCGCAGCGCCUCGGUACAGGUGGCCGCGAGCCAGGAGUGCGCCGCUGCCUCCCGCGGCCUGGCGGACUCCCUCUCGGCCUCGAGGGUCCAGGUGGGCCUCCGCGCGGCCGAGGGCAGCUCCAGCGCCGAGCUUCUCGCGCUGCAGCUGAAGGAGGCCGAGGCGGCUGGCGUAGAGUACGGCCUGGUGCUGAUCAUGGGCACGGACGCGGGGCCCGCGGUGCGGCACAGGACGACCCAGGCCCUCUGCGGCACCGUCCCGCAGGUGCACUCGGUGCUGCGCCAGUUCGACACGGACAGCAGCUUAGGUCUGCUGGCGCCGUUGGGCACCGUGGCGGACCACACAACGAAGACGAGCGACAUCAUGCCAUCUCUCAGACGCGCCCGCUUCGCGAACCAUACGACGUGCGCCAGCCUGUUCGGCCAGGAGCGCCUCUCCCGCAUGGGCAGGUACGCCCCCUCACAUCAGUCCUCUGUGGCCGCGGUCGGCGGCAAUUACUGGACGCGGUUCACGGCGUUCCCCGCGCACGCCCCCGAGGUUAUCGCGGGAUUGAGGGCCACGUUUGGCAGCACGGGCGCCACCGCCAGGGAUGCGCAAUUGUCUCUGGUCGAGGUCUGGAUUCCGACCAUGGUGCGAGAAGGCGGCGCGAAGCUGGCUGAGAUCCCGCCGGCGCCGAGGCCCAUGGCCAUGUUUUUUCCCCAGUACCACCCCAUCCCCGAGAACGACAAGUUCUGGGGGACGAAUUUUACAGAGUGGACGCUGCUGAGGCCGUUCGAGGGACCGCAGAUCCGGAAGCCGCUCAGCGUCGAGAAAGGGGGGCUGGGGUACUACGACCUCCGCGACGUGGAGGUGCGGAGGAGGCAGGGGGAGUUGGCCCAGAGCUACGGCCUGCACGGGUUCGUGUACUACCACUAUUGGUUCAGCAGCGUAGAUGGCCACAAGGUCAUGUACAAGGUCCCGGAGCUCCGCAUCCAGGAUGGCCACCCUGACACACCCUUCAUGCUUAGCUGGGCAAACGAGGCAUGGAGCCGCCACUGGGAUGGAAAGGAUACUCCAGACACGUUGAUGCUGGCUCAGUCGUACGGUGAGCAGGAGGAGUGGACUGCGCAUUUCAACUACUUGGUGCAGUUUUUCAAGCAUCCGAAGUAUAUCCGGGUGGAGGGAAAGCCUGCGUUCGUCAUAUACCGUCCAGGGUUGAUGAAAGAGAAGUUGGAACCCAUGUUGGAGCUUUGGACACGGAUGGCUGUUGAAAACGGUUUACCAGGUUUGCAUAUCAUAGCCACGGUGGGAAAUUUCUACAGAGAGCCCGCCGAGAGGCCAUGGGAGACCACUCCCAUGCUCAAUGCGGCAUUUCACUAUAUCCAACACGCUGGCGGAUGGCAUCGAACAAGUGCUGCUGGAGGAAGCACCACGAGCCUCCGGCGCCGCCCGACAAGCGGGCCGUGUCCACGGUGGAAGACUUCGGCGAGGUGGAGCAGGCCGUCCAGUACUGGGGGGCCUACGCCGGGUUCGACAACCGCCCGCGCAAGCCCAACAUGA